GUUAUGACUAUCGAUACAGAUUUAUAGCAUACACACAUGUGAUCUUCGAAUUUUUUUGGUUAGAUUUUCUUUCGAACUGUCCAUUUGAAUCAUUUUCGAUUCUGAAUAAAUCAUCUUUUUUGUUGUUAAAUAAAUUAAUCAUGGGUAAUGUUUUUGCAUCAUCAAUGCCUCCACCGCCUGUAUCUCUUGGACAGGCCGGUAUCAUUCCUGAUCCUAAACAAAUAUCAGAGACCAAUAAUCAGCCUAUUAUUAAGAAUAAUAAUCCUGGAUCAAUGGAAGAACUUCAUAGAAAAUGCAAAGAUGUCUUUCCAAUGACAUUCGAUGGCAGCAAAGUUGUGGUCAACAAAAUGUUGAGCAAUCAUUUUCAAAUCAGUCAUAAUAUUAUUAUGAGUUCGGGAAGUAUGCAACCACCCGGUUAUCGUUUCGGUGCUACCUAUAUUGGAACAAAACAACUUUCACCAUCCGAAGCUUUUCCAAUAUUUUUCGGUGAAAUCGAUCCAAAUGGCAAUCUAAAUUCUCGUAUAAUACAUUUGAUGGGUGAACGUGUACGGAUGAAUAUUGCCGCACAAUUUCAAAAUUCAAAAUGUGUUGCAUCACAAUUGAUAACCGAUUAUCUUGCACCAGAUUACACUGCUUCAAUGGCAUUGAGCAAUAUCGAUCUUGUUAGAAAUUCCGGUUUAACUGUGGUCAGCUAUUUACAAAAUGUAACCAAUAAACUUUCAAUGGGAGCUGAAAUGGUCUGCCAAUACAAUUCGAAUGUAGCUCAUUCGAUAUUGUCUGUUGCUGGUCGUUAUACAUCGCCUGACAAUUAUAUUGUCAGUGGUACAAUCAAUAAUAACAGUGUUCAAUUAUGUUAUUAUCAGAAAAAGAAUGAAUAUUUACAGGUUGGCGUCCAGGUGGAAACAAAUUUAACCGAACCGGAUAGUACAGCAUCAUUUGGAUAUCAAAUCGAUUUGCCUAAAUCAAAUUUUGUUUUUCGAGGACUUGUUGAUACGAAUUGGAAUGUUGGUUGCGUAUUUGAGAAAAAACUACUGCCAUUGCCAUUUACAUUGAUGUUUAGCGGUACGAUCAAUCAUCUCAAAGCACAAACCAGAGUUGGUCUCGGUCUUUACGUUGGAUAAUUAUUAUCUGUUAACAAUUUAUCAUCGAAAAAAACCCCGAAAUAUUUACACAAUUGUAACAUUUCUAUGUAUUGAUUAUUAGAAUUAUUUU